GCCGAUCGGUCGAGGUCCAGCUCGAGAGUGUUGUCGUUACGAGACUGGCUCGGUUCCCGAGGACACAGGUGUAUUCGCCGCCGGGACCACCGCACACCGUCUCAGGACACGCCGAACGGAGAGGAGACGAGUCUCGACGGGGCUGGACCGCGCAUGGCUGCAGGCAGCUCACCUCGCCAGAACAGACCGCUGUGCGCCGAUCCAGCAGUGACAGUUCGCCGUAUCCUCGAGGAAUACCGAUCAGUGCGACAUACCCUGGCUGUGUUUCGAUAAUCGGAGAAUUUCUCUGUCGAAUAUCGAGGAUCAUCCGUUGCCGUCCUCCGUUCUCCCAUCAUUCGAGCCGGUUAUUCGGAUUCAGUCAUCGAACGACUCCUCGGAGUACCAGGAGAGUGUAUCGGGCUGGUGAUUUAUUAAUCGGUGAACGCUUCUCCGGGGAGCACAGUGGUUGGUGACAGCUUUUUGUUACGCUUUGGCGUUUUGUGAGGAACACUGGUAGCGCGGACGCGCUGAAAUGACGGUUACCACUAACUUUUCGAUGAUGCGACCCUGCUUCACUGGAUACCCCUUCCAAGAUUUGGGAUCGAUACCGGGUCAGGGCCGCGUCAAUCAGCUCGGUGGCGUCUUUAUAAACGGGCGGCCGCUGCCGAAUCACAUUCGCCUGAAAAUCGUCGAGAUGGCCGCUGCUGGCGUCAGACCUUGCGUAAUUUCAAGGCAGUUGAGGGUGUCGCACGGAUGCGUCUCGAAGAUCCUGAACCGCUACCAGGAGACGGGAAGCAUCAGGCCAGGCGUGAUCGGUGGCAGCAAACCCAGGGUAGCCACGCCGGAAGUCGAAGCGAGAAUCGAAGAAUACAAGAGGGACAAUCCAGGGAUCUUCUCUUGGGAGAUUCGCGACAGAUUGAUCAAAGAAGGAAUCUGCGACAGGACCAGCGCUCCCAGCGUCUCCGCGAUCUCCAGGCUGCUGAGAGGUCGUGACCCCGAGGACGAGGCUAAGCUCGGCGAUGUCUGA